AAUUGGGGAAUGUUUUUAGUGUAACAACCAGGAGUUACAUUCCAGUCGGGCUCGGCUGUAAUCAGUGAUGGAGGGUAGACCGAGCAGGGGACGCGGUGGUCAGUGGAGAAGAGGCGGCAUUGCUGGCGGUAAUGACAGCGGGGGUGUCGGGGAGCGCAGAGGUCGCGGGAGAGGCGGCCAUCACCGCGGAAGAGGGAAAAGAGACCAUUACCGCGGAAGAGGACGCGGUCUUCCCGAGGAUGGCGCUGCAGAUGUUUUUCGCCGAGGUCAAGAUGAACAUGAUGACAAAGAAAACGCUGAAGACGAGAUGCCAGCAAUCUAUUCCAGGAGAAAGCUGGAGUCCAACUGGGAUCGUUAUAAGGAAUCGGAGAAAGAGGAGGUGAAUGAUGAUGUUCCAGUGCAGAGAGGGACAGACUAUCACGUCCUCCUCACUUCUGCAGGUGACUCCUUCACUCAGUUCAGGUUUUCUGAGGAGAAAGACUGGGAGAUGGAUUCACUAGGAACUAACCAGGUGCCUGCUCUGUUUGUGGACCUGGAGGUUUUAGCUCGGUCACUUCAGGAGCUGCCCCUGCACCACAAGCUUGACCUGGAGCCCAGUCUUGUUCAGGAGUCGACUCCGGUAGAACUGCCGUCACUAGGGGUACUGAACAAAGUGAAUCCAAUCGUCGGUGGAUUUAAGCUUCCGGCUCCAGCAAAGUCGGGUCAAGAGCCAGGCUCGCAUGGAUCGCGACCUGUGAAGCCUGUUCCAGGCACCAGCGUGUUCUCCCACACCUCCAAUGCAGUGAGCAGCCCUGGGGACGAUGCUGACGAGGAGCUGGACCUUCUCCUGGGACUACAGAAACCUGUCGCAGGCCUUUCUUUAGCCGAGUCAGAGACUUCAAAUACCGUAGAGGACGUGUCUGCUGUCUCGGAGGAAGCUGCGUCACUGGUAGAGGAGCCGGAAGAAGAGGUGGUUGACGUGGAGCGUCAACAAACCGAAGCGGAGACUAAUAGGCACCAGCAGAAGCCUGAAGAGUCGCGGCGAAAAUCCGAGCCAGUGAAGCAGGAGCUGACCGAGGAAGAUCUGGAAGACUGGUUAGACAGCUUGAUCUCCUAAACAACCAAGAACAACUCCGAGUGUGUCCGAAAAGCAAUUCUGGAUAUGAACAAAUGCGACUGCAUGGCUAUCGAGGAAACCUGCACGUCGGCGAGGUCCUUCAGAUCAGCGCUGGACCUCCAUCAAUAUUUCUGAUUAAAUGAAUAACCUGCUGUUAAUGUUCACUGAUGAAGGCAGAUGCCCUUCAGCAAGCGAGGCCGUUACUAACGCGUGGGUGUGAAUCCGUGCAGUCUGGAUUAUGAGCUGUGUAUCUGUAUCUGUGCAGUAAACGACAGGUGGGAUUUAUUGCAUUGAUCGCUUUAUUGUGUUUUUUGCCCUCUUCUCCCAAAUGAAACACAAUUCACCAGCGCUUCUACAUACAUACAAACGGCCAAACGGUAAUGGUUUACAAUUUUGCCUUGUUUCUGUUAAAUAGUGCGUUAUAGCCUAAUGUUCUCCGCUUUGGAUUCUCGUAUCGAUUUCCUUUAACACCAGCAGAGAUGGUACGCUUCGGCUAUUAAAAAGAAAUCAAAACGAAACAUAACAGCAGUUGUACAUUUUACUUGGAACAACUUUAACUGAAGCCGCAAAUCUAAUCUAGGUAGGUAAGUUCACCUAAAAUACAGGCUUGCUACACAUAUGAGGAGGGACAAAAUGUUUUGCAUAGUGUGUUUUUUUUUUUUUUUCCUUUUUUUCUUUUUCAUAAGGCACUUUGACUGUUGAUGAACUAAUCUAAUGGGCUCAUGGAUCUAUGUUCUGCUUUUGACAUUCUGCAUGCUGCCUUACUGUUUUAUAAGACGUUGCACGUUCUAGGUCAUAAAUGCUCAUUCUUUAGUUGAAUAACAAGAAAAAGAUGUUGUGCAUAUUUGUUCGUUCACUCAGCGUGCCUAAGGAAUACGUCACUCAAAAAUAUUUCCGCUAUUACCGAUGGGUAGGUUCCUGUUAGCAUUAUGUGAAAUAUAACGGGCCAACUGGUCCUGACCAGCAUCAUUCACUGACAGCUAUAUUGGAUAUGCUGUGUUUAUUUUUUUUUUUUUCUCUUUAUUAUUAUUAAUAUUUUUUGUAUAAGGUGUUCCUCAGGUGUGUGCUCUCACACACUCCCUUCGCAGUGCGUUUUAAUACAAACGGCAAUAAAACGUCAAUAGAACCAAUGAGGUCUUCAAAAGAUUAAAUGUCAUGUUUUGGCACCAUGUUUGUGUGCGCGUGUCUACGAUGCACAUUUGUAGCUUGAUGUCUUUAUCCUAAACAGGUGGUCAGUCUCGUGGCCCGUAGCCGUGCUUUUAAAUGAAAAGAUUCGUCAGCAGCAUGUUUUACACUAGUUUGAGUUUCUUGUUCAGGUUGGAGUUUCUAAUCGCAUUAGAGUGGGGGUAAAGGGCAGUUACAGUCCCUCUAGCCCAACUGGUCCUCGUAUUGCUUGCGGAAGCAGUCUCCAGCAGGGAAGAAGUCCCAGCACCUCUCCUGAUACAUCUUCCAU